AUGACUGCUAAUGAUUACAUUCGAAUUGAUGAUACUCUUGAAAUAGAAGAGGUUGUUUUGGAUGAAGCUGCUAUCCUUGAAGAAAUUCAUCCUCAAUCUGAUUCUAAUAGUAGCAAUGAUGAAGACAAUGUUAAAAUUGAAAAAAUUUCCCAUUCUGUUGCUUUGGAGCAAUGUAAGUUGCUUAUACAAUAUGUAGAACAACAAGAACCAAUUAAAUUUGUUACAGACCAAGACUUACCUCAAUUGCGGA